AUGCUUUAUUUAUUUAUUAAUUCUAAAAUCUUAUUGUUAAAGCGUCUCAUAAUCAAAAUAUAAUGGUACAAAUAAUAGUCACGAAAUGGAUGGAAUUUGAAAUAAUAACAAAAAAAUAAAAGUAUAAUAUAAUAUUUUUCAAGAUUAUGUUGGUUUGUAAAAAAGUAUUAUUAACUUGACAAUUUAGAAAACUAUUCUGGAAAAAAUUUUAGUCUGA